GGGUACUACUUGGCCCACUACAUAAUGGAUGAUCUAAAGAGAGAUCCCCUGUAUUGCUUGGAUAAUAAUCACACCCAUCUCUUACUGGUUGAUAACGGCACCCAUGGGCACCCGACAAUAGAGGCCAAAGUACGAGCCCAGUUAGAAAAGUACAUUUCGGAGCGGGUUAUCCCAGAAUCUAAUUACGGUGGGAAGAUUCCAAUUGUGUGUUUUGCCCAUUUUUUUGGAAAGAGACUUUGAAAGUAAUCUAUCAACGUGGCCAUCAAGAGUAGGAUUCCCUGUGUUGUGGUGGAAGGCUCUGGCCGUAUCGCUGAUGUUAUUGCUAGCUUGAUGGAGGCAGAAGGCACUCUUGCUUCUUCGUGUGUCAAGGAGAGCUUGCUCAGGUAUCUGCCUCGCACCAUUUCAAGGCUCUCGGAAGAGGAGACUGAAAGCUGGAUCAAAUGGAUCAAAGAAGUCCUUGAGAACCCUCAUUUACUGACAGUUAUCAAAAUAGAAGAAGGUGGAGAUGAAAUCGUGAGCAAUGCCAUUUCUUUUGCUCUGUACAAAGCUUUCAGCACCAAUGAACAUGACAGAGAUAACUGGAAUGGACAACUGAAGCUGCUGCUGGAGUGGAACCAACUGGACCUGGCCAGCGAUGAGAUCUUCACCAAUGACCGAAACUGGGAGUCUGCUGACCUACAGGAAGUCAUGUUCACAGCCCUAGUCAAAGACAGGCCCAAAUUUGUCCGUCUCUUCCUGGAAAAUGGCUUGAAUCUGAGGAAGUUCCUUACCACAGAGGUCCUUAGAGAGCUGUACACGAACAACUUCAGCAGCCUGGUGUUCAAGAACUUGCAGAUCGCAAAGAACUCCUAUAACGAUGCGCUCCUCACAUUUGUGUGGAAGAUGGUUGAAGACUUCCGAAGAGGUCUCAAAAGAGAUGACAAGAAUAGCAAGGAUGAGAUGGAGAUACAUCUUCCAGAUGAGUGUCCUAUCACAAGACACCCGUUGCAAGCUCUGUUUAUUUGGUCAGUUCUUCAGAACAAGAAAGAGUUGUCUAAAGUCAUUUGGGAGCAAACCAGAGGUUGCACUUUGGCAGCCCUGGGGGCCAGUAAGCUCCUGAAAAGCAUGGCGAAGGUGAAGAACGAUAUCAACGCUGCCGGAGAGUCUGAAGAACUCGCUAACGAGUAUGAGACAAGAGCAGUAGAGCUGUUCACUGAGUGCUACAGCAGUGAUGAAGAUCUAGCUGAGCAGCUGCUGACUUACUCCUGUGAAGCCUGGGGAGGGAGCAAUUGUCUGGAACUAGCAGUGGAAGCUAAAGACCAGCAGUUCAUCGCGCAGCCAGGGGUGCAGAAUUUCCUUUCCAAGCAGUGGUACGGAGAGAUUUCAAGAGAUACUAAGAACUGGAAGAUUAUACUGUGUCUGUUCUUUUUUCCUUUAAUCGGCUGUGGUUUCAUCUCAUUCAGGAAAAAGCCCGUGGAGAAGAGUAAGAAGCUCUUCUUGUAUUAUGUGUCUUUCUUCACCUCUCCCUUUGUGGUCUUCUCUUGGAAUGUCAUCUUCUACAUCGCUUUCCUGUUACUCUUCGCCUACGUGUUGCUUAUGGAUUUCCAGAAGGAACCUACCGUCCUGGAGAUAAUCCUUUACGUGCUGGUCUUCAUUCUACUUUGUGAUGAAGUGAGACAAUGGUACAUGAAUGGCAGUAAGUAUUUCUCAGAUCUGUGGAAUGUUAUGGAUACGCUAGCAAUCUUCUACUUCAUAGCAGGGAUUGUGUUCAGGCUUCACUCAUCUGAUGAAAGCUCUUGGUAUUCUGGGAGAGUCAUUUUCUGUUUGGACUACAUAGUUUUUACUCUGAGGCUGAUCCAUAUUUUCACAGUUAGCAGGAAUCUAGGACCCAAAAUUAUUAUGCUGCAGAGGAUGAUGAUAGAUGUCUUCUUCUUCCUCUUCCUCUUUGCUGUAUGGAUGGUGGCCUUCGGUGUGGCCAGGCAAGGCAUCCUGAGGAAGAAUGAGCAGCGCUGGGAGUGGAUAUUUCGAUCCGUCAUCUAUGAGCCGUACCUGGCUAUGUUUGGCCAGUACCCUGAUGAUGUUGACGGUACCACCUACAACUUUGACCGCUGCACCUUUUCUGGGAAUGAGUCCAAGCCCUUGUGCGUGGAGCUGGAUUCCAAUAACCAACCCCGCUUCCCGGAGUGGAUUACCAUUCCCCUUGUCUGUAUUUACAUGCUCUCAACUAACAUCCUCCUUGUGAACCUGCUCGUGGCCAUGUUUGGUUACACUGUCGGAUCAGUACAAGAGAACAACGACCAGGUGUGGAAGUUCCAGCGUUUCUUCUUGGUCCAAGAAUACUGCAGUCGCUUGACUAUCCCCUUCCCUUUCGUCAUCUUUGCCUACAUCUUCAUGGUGCUGAGGAAAUGUUUCAAAUGCUGCUGUAAGAAGGAAAGUAAAGAGCCAUCUAUUUGUUGCUCAAAAAAUGAGGACAACGAAAUUCUGGCAUGGGAAGCUGUCAUGAAGGAAAAUUACCUUGUCAAAGUCAAUACCAAAGCACAUGAUUCAUCAGAAGAGAUGGUGCAUCGAUUUAGACAACUGGAUGCAAAGCUGUCUGACUUGAAAGGCCUUCUGAAAGAGAUUUCCAGCAAAAUUAAAUGA